GGCUGUGGGAAUGACAGAAAAAGAGCAAAAGAAUGAAGUGUUUUUUAUGUACACUGCUGCUGUUGCAAAGCUUUGUGUUUCUUGUACAGCAGCAGGUAAAUGGAGGACUCGCUGAGAAUGAGAUCCGGCAACAGCUCAUCAAUGAGGACAGAAGACCAAAUCUGAUAGCUGAAGCUUCAACUGACAGCCAACAAUACUGCCAUGUGUGCUUCUCUGACAUUCAUGCAUCACUGAGAGAGCUGACCACCACCGUUACAGAGCAGAAAGCCAACAUCAGAGUCUUAGAGACGCAACUGAGGGAACAACAGAUGUUUAUCCUGGAAGAACUGAACAAAAAGAAUGAUGCUUUAGAGACACAACUGAGGGAACAACAGACGUUUAUCCUGGAAGAACUGAACAAAAAAAAUAAUGCCUUAGAGACGCAACUGAAGGAACAACAGAUUUUCAUCCUGGAAGAGCUGAAGAAGAGAAUUGAUGAAAUGUCAAAUCUUACUCAGAGUCAAGUGGAGGAGUUGAAAAAGGAAAAUAGAGACAGAGAGAUAGCGUUUUCAGCUUCACUAUUGGAAAGUGGAAACAGUGGAAAUGUCGGUCCUUUUACUACUGAUAUCACACUAACCUACAGGAACGUCUUCACAAACAUAGGAAAUGCCUACAACCCAAUUACAGGUAUUUUCACAGCACCACUGAAAGGAGCGUACAUGUUCAGAAUCUCUGUCUAUGCUAAUACUGCUCUAUCAAAUCCAUCAACCAUUUACCUUAUGAAGAAUGGAGAGCAUGUGGUUGUGGCACAUGGAGAUCAGGCUCAGGGUGUCUUAAACUCCUCGAAUGGAGCUGUGUUGAUCCUGGAGGUUGGAGAUGUUGUCUAUGUGAGUCUUCGGUCUGGCAGGAGAAUAUAUGAUGAUGACAAUGACCACAGCACAUUCAGCGGUUACCUGCUGUUUCCCUUAAAAGAACAGGAGCUUUGCAGAAUGUGAUUAUUCUGAACCUCUGGCACACGAUUUUUGAGACAAAAAUCAUGAAGAAUCAUUAACAUGAAACUGUAUUAAUGAGAAGUAUUGUGUUUGAUCUUUACACAAGAAUCUAUUGCAAAUUUCAGUGUAAUACAUUUAAACUCUAGUUCUAAGCUGCCUAUACAAGUAAUUUUGCCUAAAAAGUUAAGUUGGCCUUAAUCUUUUGACAUAUAAGAGGUCUUUGUACCAUUAAAGCAUUCUGAAAAUUUAAUAG